AUGUUAUUGCAGUGUUCGCACAUCCCAUUGCAAUGUCCGCAAAGUAAUCCAGUGGAAUUGACUACUUCGCAUAAGCGUGCUGGAGUGCGAGAUCUACGGCGAUGGGGUUUGACCUCCGCAGCUGCAGCAGUCAUUGUUCGGUUGCCACGGGCAGUGACAAGACGUCGCAUUCAACGCAAAGUCGUUGAAAUUUCAGCGAUUGAUGACUUAGCCAUUCGGAAGAUGGAGCAAUGGCGCUCCACUCCUCCUGUUGAAGAACUCGGAGAGUUGGCCUCCAGAGUCGUGGCGGCUGCGGAGGAGCUAGAGGCUGGCCUAGUGGAGAGGUCCUUGGAAGCUCGCAUUUUGUUGCUGGCGGCUUUCUGUGGUGAGCAUCUUCUGCUGCUUGGUCCGCCUGGGACUGCCAAGAGUUUGUUGGCCCGUCGCCUGGUGCGUUUUCUGGGGAAGGAGGCGGUCUUCUUCGAGCGCUUGCUGACGCGCUUUUCAGUACCAGAGGAGCUGUUUGGGCCUCUGUCUCUCAAAGGCUUGGAGCAAGAUGAAUAUCUUCGAAAGACCACUGGAUAUCUGCCAGAGGCAUCGAUUGCCUUUGUGGAUGAGAUUUUUAAGGCCAACUCAGCUAUCCUGAACUCCCUUCUAUCCAUUGUCAAUGAGCGCGUAUUUGACAAUGGCCCUGAGCGCGUGGCGGUGCCUCUCCGCUGUUUGGUGGCUGCAUCCAACGAGGCGCCGGAGUCGGAGGAAUUGGAAGCGCUCUAUGACCGGCUUCUCUUCCGCUUGAUUGUGAAUCCGGUCUCUGAUGGAGGUGUUUCAGCUCUGAUUGCUGCUACCGCCUUCAGCUCUGAUCCUCAGGAUUCAGAUGGAGCGAUUCCACUUGGUCUGGAGGAUGCUGAACGUGCUCUGAAGGGAGCUGCAACAGUCACUGUUCCAGCUGUGGUGGUGGAUAUCUUCAAAGACUGUCGCAGUCAUUUAGCCUCUCUACAGCCUCCUGAACUGGUCUCAGAUCGUCGAUUAGGACAAGCCGUGCGCAUGCUGCAGGUUGUGGCAUGGACUUGUGGACGAUCGCAGGUGGAAGUUUGCGACUGUUCUUUGUUGGCACAUGUUUUCUGGCAGAGCCUGGAGAACCGUGAGACUUUUCAAACAUGGCUCCAAGCUCGUUUGGCGAAGAGCCGAGGGCGGCAACUGGCCGCCAUCUUAAGUGGCUUGCUGGAUCGGGUACUGUCCAAAGCGACGGCUGCUGCAGAUCUUUUGGGAGAGCUCCAGGUCUUUCAGAGAGCCACUGAGAAGGAGAUUGUUGAAGCAGAAAGGCAGCAACAACUGGCCCGAGCUCAUUGCUGGUUGCCCCACAAAGAGACUCAGAACUUUUGUGCCGCGGUGGAUUUGGAGCUGGAUUCUCGCAGUGGGCCCAGGACUCUGCUGAUGGAAGUGGCGCGUUUGUCCGCAGCAGCAGAGCUGGCUGCUGAGGAAGUAGAUGUUUAUGUGAGGUGCGGGGAGAUUUGGAAGCGGUUACUUUGCAAACAUCCCGUUUUAUCCCACAUAGCCCUUCUGCCACCGAGUAGGGAACACUCAGUUCUGAUAAGCUUUUGA